ACUCGCCGACUCGCGUCUAGUGACUUUAAAUCCUUAAGUGUGUGCAAAGGCAUUCCUGAACUCUGGUGUGUUCUUCUUUGCUCGAUAAAAUAUGCAAUUUUUACAUCAUUUGACUUUGAAUUUGGCAAUUAAAUUUCGAAUGCGAAUAUAGAUUCGAAGACGAAUAUCUAGAAAUAACAAACUAUAUUUGGAUAAUUUAUAACAAUCGUGUUACACGAUUGUAACGAUUGCAAAAUGACAACGUUGAGGCAUGACAUUGAAUUACCAAACAAUAUUCCAAAGUUAUUAAUGGAGAAACAUGCAAACUAUCUCAUUUCGUACGGGACCAACAAAGAUGAAUACAACUAUUCUCAGACAGAGCAUAUGAGGAUGUCUGGCAUAUACUGGGGCCUUACCGCUCUAGAUUUAAUGGGCAAAUUGGAACAAACCAAUAAAGAAGAAGUGUUAGAAUUUAUUGGACAAUGUCAAAGUGACAGUGGUGGUAUCAGUGCCAGUAUACAACACGAUCCACAUUUACUUUAUACACUUAGCGCGGUUCAAAUUUUGUGUAUGUACGAUGCGUUGGAUGUAAUAAACGUCGAUAAAGUCGUGAGUUACGUCAAAGAGAGACAACAGGCAGAUGGAAGUUUUGUGGGCGAUCAAUGGGGUGAGGUCGAUGUCCGAUUUUCUUUCUGUGCCGUUGCUACUCUGUCACUCUUGAACCGUUUAGACGCGAUAGAUGUCGAGAAAGCGGUACAAUUCGUAUUGAAAUGUAUGAAUUUUGAUGGAGGAUUCGGCUCGAAGCCAGGAUCUGAGAGUCACGCGGGUUUAAUUUAUUGUUGCGUUGGAUUGCUUUCAAUCACAGGACAUCUGCAUCUGAUAGACGCUGAUCGCUUAGGAUGGUGGUUAUGCGAGAGACAACUACCUUCUGGCGGUUUAAAUGGCAGGCCUGAAAAGUUACCAGAUGUAUGUUACUCUUGGUGGGUGCUAUCGGCGUUAACAAUUUUGGGUCGUCUUCAUUGGAUAGAUAAAAAAGGCUUGGUUGAUUACAUUUUAAUUUGUCAAGAUGUCGAAACUGGCGGUUUCAGUGAUCGGCCCGGUGAUAUGGUUGACCCUUUUCAUACUUUGUUCGGCCUCACUGCGUUGUCAUUGUUAGACAAGAAUUUCUCGUUAAAACCAAUAAAUCCUACUUAUUGUAUGCCAGAGUAUAUAAUCGAUCGCUUAGGUCUUAAACCAUCGCGACUCGACGCGUGAUUAUAUAUCUGAUACGCUUUAUAAAUGUACAUUAAUUCUUUGUUAAAUAUAUGAUUGUAGAUUUUCCACAAAGUAGA